AGGCGGGCGAGCGAGGGACCGGCGCCACGAUGGAGACGGAGCGGCGGCGGCGGCGCCCGUGCGCGGGGCCGGGUUGGAGGGGCGCCUGGAGGCCGGCGGCGCUCCUCGCAGCCUCCAUCCUCAGUUCCUGCUUCCUGCUGACUCGAGCCCAGGAUGGGAGACCACAAGUGAUCCCUAUCACAUGGUCACCCCAAUAUCCAACAGCAGGAGAGAACGUGACCCUGACACCAGGAGGAACCUUGGAAAAGGUUGUCAGCUGCAGCUGGUUCCGAGGGACAGUAACUGAUGUGGCAAAGCGGAUCCUUGUCUAUUACGUACCUCCACUUACUCAAGGGCAAGUUAAUGGACCUUCCUACACUGGGCGAGAGACAGUAGACCUAGAGUGCUCCCUUCACAUCCAGAAUUUAACAUUGACUGACUCCGGAAACUAUACCGUGUCAAAAGAAGGAGGUGUGACUGCAAUUGGGCAUGUGAUGAUAAAGGUCUCAGAUCGCCCAGGGGGAAUAAGCAACAUCAUUCUCUGGAGCAUUAUUGGGUCCCUGGUUGGAGUACUGAUUUUGAUUGCAAUCCUGCUUUUCAUCUUUCUCCGUUCCCACCAUUAAGGCAAUGAACCUUCUGCAGACGGUUGAGCUGGCCUGAGAAAGACUCUGCAGCCUGGAAGCUAAACCACAUCUGAUGAAUGGAUGAAGUAGCAGGUGAAGCUACCCAAUUAGUGACUCUCCUGCUGAUCCCAGGCCGUGACAGCUUUGUACCAAAUUAACAGUAAACCAGGGAUCAACUGUCAAUUCUGAAUCAGUUCAUAACUCCUUUUUGGACGUUUAAUGGGAAGUGUCUCAACAUCCUGUUGCUACAAAAAUAUGUGCCAGGGAAGGAUUUUAAGCCGUUUUAAGCCAUUGGUUUAUGCAGCUGAAGUAACCAAGAAUUUCACUGGUUCAGUGAAGAGUCCUGAAAGAUCUUUGAAGAUUGCUGAUUUUGCUGUGGCUGGUGAACAUGGCAGCCCUUCUGAAGACGGCUGCAUCACAUGGCUUCAGAGAAGAGCAUCUCCUGGAAAAGCUGGAGGCCUGCAAUCCCGGAGAAGGACAACACAGGGUCACAAUUAGCAAUUUCCUGAAAAGUUCUUAUGAAGCCCAGACACCAAUAGAGGGCGGUAUAAUCCCACAUAUAUUGUUUUAACAGUUGUACAACCAGCUUAUUCCUAACAGCAACACAUGUUCUGCCUUAAAGUGUACCUCCAACUCUCUUUCAAAUACUUAUUUUAUGGCCUGUUUUAUGAGCUUUGCAAGGUGUAUGGUUUGAACUUGCCAAAAUCUGAAUAAAGGUAAUAAUGCCAAGUC